AUGGCCGGUCCAGCAUCUCCAACAGUUGACGAGGCCAUCCGCGUCGUCGUCACGCCCUCACAAGCAUCCUAUUUUGCCGGCGAGCCCUUCUCCGUUACAAUCACGUUCACCAACACGCGCACUCCCGAGGCUUCCGCACCUGCUCCCCGUUCUUCCUCUCAUAUCCACCGCAGAGGGGCUCAUUCCAUCAGCUCUGUUCCUCUUGCCCGUCCACCAACUUCCCCUGGCACUCCUCGCACUGCUGUCCCCGUAUUCCUUUCUCCCCGCCCCAAUGGUGACGCAACGAACUCCUCGUCACGCAAGGGUCUCAUUGGCCACAAUCUACCUACCAAAUCUUCAGACGAGCCUCCCUCUUCCGAGGUGCUCAGGAAGAGGCUCUUGGCUUCCAGAUCUCUUUCCCUCACAAUUUCUCCAGAUGACCUCCCUACGUCGAAUAAAUCAAAGGAGCCGACCUCUCCGGCGAACCGGGAGAGCCUGAACGGCCAUGGCAGCAUCUCGGGAUCAUCCUCCCCCCGUAUCGUCGCUCCCCUCGCCCGCACACCCGCGCUGCCGCCCAACCAUCCUCAUGCACGAAAGCAGUCUGUUCUAGAUGGUCAGCUUCAGCUGCAGGACCUCCGACCGCCCGCUUCAAUGUCACCUUUUGCGCCUUCGCCCAACGCCUCCAUGUCGACGUUCUCGUUAUCCCUCGAUCCCAUAGCCGAAGCAGGGUCUACAUCGCCCAACCAGCCUGCAACGCCUUACAUCCCCUCUCCCGUCCCAGGUUCAGACCUCCCAAACGUCCGCACGCAGAUCCCCUCUGGUCCUCCAGCACCAGCGAAGACGACUGGCCAUCUGUACCCUCCCCACGAGCCGCGCGGACCUCCACGCCGCCCAUCUCAGCUUGGUCUAGGCCAUGGUCCCCCUCCAGCAGUUUCUUCCACCGCCUACCUGAAGCCGCCACGGACAGCGUUCUCGUCUACCUUCCCCGUUGCGAACACGGAGCUCAUCCUAUACGCCUAUGCGCAAUUGCUCGGUACACUGACGAUCACCCCCCUACCCGAUGCCCCUUCGUCCUCAGACCAAGCACGCAACCUGAACCGCCUCCGCGCACGUCUUCUGAAGCGCAAAGCGGUUGGCGGAGGCAGCAUGGACAUCUCCUCGUCUUUGAGCGCACAACCUAGCUCGCCAGUUAGCCCCUCUCGGAGGCACGGUCGGUCGACAUCUCUCUCCAACGGUCUUCUCUCCAUACUCUCAUCUAGCUCGUCGCAACCGAGCCCGCAGCCGUUUGUCCCCGGGCAUCGCGCGCGGACGUCGUCAGUGUUCUCCUUGUUUUCAACCGGACAGGCCCUGCCACCGCCGAGCCGCUCGGGGCUCGGUCUGGGCUUGAGCACAUCAGCAUCCGAAGACGAGGAGAUGGACCCAGACCAGCCUCUGCCGACGCUGGAGGUGCAGCCUUCCAUGCUUGCCGUGGACCUGAGUCUCGCGCCGGGCGAGUCGCGGACGUACACGUAUUCGCUCACUCUUCCGGAGAACCUGCCUCCGACGUUCCGGGGACGCGCACUCAAGUUCUCGUACCAGUUCAUUCUGGGCGUCUGCCGGGCGGGCGGGAAUGUCCCCGGAGCCAGUCCGUCGAGUAGCAGUAGGGUGAUGAAGGUUCCCAUACGCGUGUACAACAAUGUCGCAGUGGGUAGACCGCUCGCUCCAUACAAUCUGCUGUGGCCUGUCGUAUCCCAGCGCGGACCGAUCCCUCCAGGCAAAGUCAUAGAAGGCUCCACGGAGCAGCAGAGACGCACCGGUCUGCGCGCAAUACCAUCUUCUGCGGCCAAGCUUGGGACGUAUGAGGACUUGCAAGGUUAUGCGCGCAAUCUCCUGGCGUCUUUUCCUGACCCGCAGGCAAAGGGGGUCAGGAUCAAGCUGCCGCUCGAAGCAAUCCCGAAUGGUGACCGCGAUCCGGAGCGUGAAAUAGAGGGCGAUGUGAAUAAUCCUUCGGGAUGCAGACAAGCUGUCGAGGUGCUCACUCGGAACCCGAAGAAAGCCUCGUACGAUGUCACCAAGGAUGGAGUUAAGGUGGCGGUACUUACGUUCCCCAAGAGUGCAUACCGACUCGGAGAGACGAUCCUCGGCGUGGUCGAGUUGAAUGAGAGAUAUCAGCGAGCGCGAGUGCUCAAGCUAUCUGCAAUGCUGGAGGCACACGAGUCCCUUCCGAGCAGCAUCGCUUCGCCCACGCUCUCACGGCACAUGCGACGUGUUCACGCGGAACACCACUCGUGUUUCAUGGCCGCCACACUUCGCACGACCUUCUCGCUGGACAUCCCCCCAGACGCCAGCCCGGCGUUCGAGGCUGCGUACGAGGAGGAGCGUCUCGACGCGGACCUCAUGAACCCCAGAAAACCCAAGCCAAAGUCAGGUGGGCUCGAGUGGAAGGUCAGGCUGUGCCUGCUGGUCGCGAUCGCGUCUCCGAGUGCGCGCGAGGGCCCCGACGCCGACGGCGCACGCACGCGACAUCUCGUGCAGGACGGCCCGCGGGGACAAUGGGGUUCGUCCUGGAAGGCCGCGCAGACCAUCGCGCCCCUCGAGCGUCCCGCGGCCGUGUCACCCGCGGCUGCCUCCCCUACGACACCCAACGCCAAUGGGCAACCUUUCACUCCUGCGGCGAACACUGCGCUUUCGUGGGUGUCGUACUUCGCGUCGUCGCUGCUGGGUCCGUCGAAUGUCGGGUAUCACGACGGAGACGAGGAUCUGGAUGAGACGGAGGGCGACGACGGAGACGACAUGGGACCUGAUGAGGCGUGGCGGGAGGUGAAGGUGGAAAUGGUCGAGUGCGAGGUCCCUGUGAGGGUGUGGCCCGGCAACACGGCGUUCAAGGCGACGGAGGUUGUAUUCGACGUUUGA